GGCUUUCUUGUCAUUUACCCAAUAGCACCCAAAUCAAAUGCCCACGGCCACGGGUGUGCCGCUGCCGCCAUGACCCAUGAGCGCCAGCGCCACCACCUUGCGCGACGCCGCGGCCAUCCUCGGCGCCCUGUCCGCCGCCUCCGCGGCCCAGCUCCACGCGCCCGCCCUAAAGCUCGGGUUUCUCCCCUCCUGUCUCCACCUCUGCUCGUCCUUCCUCAAGUCCUACGCUGCGUCCGGCCGCCUGGCCUUCGCGCGCCAGCUGUUCGACGAAACCCCCCGCCGGGACAUCCCUCUAUGGAACACCCUCGUCUCCGCCUGCGCGCGCUCCCGUCAACCCCACCACGCCCUUCUCGCUGUGUCCGCCAUGGUGGGCGAGGGCUCCCGGCCCAACAACCUCUCGGUCACGAGCCUCUUGUCCGCGUGCGCGCAGCUGAGGAGUCUGGUGCACGGGAGAGAGCUCCACGGGUAUGCCGUGAGGAAUAUCCCUGUUCUUGAUUUGCGCGUUCUCAAUGCGCUGGUAAGCAUGUACGGGAGAUGCGGGCGGUUCGCUGAAGCGAGCACGGUGUUCGCCGGUAUGGAGAAUAAGAGCGUGGUUUCUUGGACCUGCAUGAUCAAUGCUUGCUGCGAGAACGGACGCCCAGCAGAGGCGCUGGGGGUGUUCAACGAGAUGAGGCUUGCCGUUGUCAAGAUCGAUGAGGUCACCCUGCUCGCAGUCAUCUCAGCGUGCACAAAAUUGGAUUGUACGUCGGAGUUGGGGGAGUGGGUGGAGGUAUAUGCAAGCGAGAAUGGCUUCUUGGAGAACACCCGUGUCGCGAAUUCACUCAUCCAUAUGCAUGGUAAGAUGGGGAGGGUGAAGAAGUCAUGUCAGAUAUUUGACUCGAUGAGUGUGAGGACUGUGGUCUCAUGGACAGCCAUGAUACAGGCACUUGCUGUGCAUGGGCAUGGGGUGGCUGCCCUUGUUAGGUUUUCGCAGAUGCUCAGACAAGGGUUCUGGCCUGACGAGGUUAUCUUCUUAAGCGUGAUCAAUGCUUGUUGCCACUCCAGGCUAGUGAGUGAAGGGCGCCAGUUGUUCAAGUCUAUGGUCGAAGACUAUCACAUCACACCAUGGAUGGAGCACUAUGGAAGCAUGGUGGACCUGUUGUGCAGAUCUGGCAUGUUGGACGAGGCAUUUGAGUUUGUCCUGGCCAUGCCUGUGAAGCCUGAUCCCGUAAUAUGGCGUGUAUUGACCGGAGCAUGCCGUGAUCAUGGAAAUAUGAAUUUAGCGAGGAAGGUGAUGGAUCAUGUGAUCGACAUGGAGCCUGACCAUGAGGGGAAUUAUGUGCUUGCGUCAAAUUUAUAUGCUGCCAAUGAGAACUGGGGACGUGUUGUGGAUGUAAGGGUGGAGAUGGGUGUGAGGAAAGAGACGUCAAGAUGCAGUACUGCCCUGUCUUACAUUGAAGUCAAUGGUGAAGAAAAUGCAGAAUUCUUCUCUACUGCACAGCACCAGUAACUUUUCCAACUCCACUACUAUGAGAUUUGCUUGAAGUAUAAUUAUGAAUUUUAUUUGCUAUUACUAGCUAGCAUCCACAGUUGUGCAAGUUUCUAUACAAAUUCAAGAAUUUGGUACUUCUUUGUCUUCUGCAAAAGAUGCAAAAAGGUAGGCUAUUAUUGGUCAAAUUGGACUGUCGGUCUGGUGGAGGAGUCUUGCUAUUAGACAUAUAUAUGUCAACUGUCAGCAUGCCUAUCCUUCGAACAUCUUGGAAGAUCGUCUUAGUAUACAUAUCUAUCACUCGUUGAUUAGUAGUCUGAGGUGAUGCCUA